UCGGCGUAGCGGUGAGGACUGGACUAAGGGUAUGGCCAUGGUAACUCGUCGGAAGAGUGAAGUGGUACUCCACGACUCAUAUUAUUUUCACAAACCCUAAACCAGCUACACACUCUGAUUGCAGAAGCAUCACCGGCCGCAGCCAAAAGCCGUCCGGCGAACCCAUAGACGGUUAAACCCUCACCGUCUCAAAGUGAUCUCUCUCUCUCUCUCGGUCAUGGCUCACGGGCUCAAGACUCGAGGCACGGACUAGUCAAAUUGAAGAUUCAUAAAGAAAGGCUGCAGAUUUAUCUUGAGCAAUACACUGUUUUUAGGCACAUUCAAUCAGCACUUGCAAAUGGCAGAACCUAAUGAGUCUGAAUUGGGAUCUGACACAAGACCCCAAGUCAUAUACCGCUGCAAGAAAUGUCGACGAAUUGUGGCUGCAAAGGAGAAUGUUGUUCCCCAUGAACGUGGAGCUGGAGAAACAUGCUUUAAAUGGAGAAAGAGAAGCAGUGGGCCCUCGGAAGCAGAAGAGGAACAACCUGAGUGUUCCUCCAUAUUUGUAGAGCCCAUGAAGUGGAUGCAAGCAGUUCAAGAAGGUUAUGUUGAAGAGAAGCUUCAGUGCAUAGGUUGCAAAGCCCGCCUGGGUUCCUUCAACUGGGCAGGAAUGCAAUGCAACUGUGGGGCUUGGGUUAAUCCUGCAUUUCAGCUUCACAAGAGCCGGCUUGAUGAAUGCCAUAUAUGACGAGGGCCAGCCAUUCUUGGUGUUGAAGGUGCUGCAUGAUACAAGCGGAUGGAGUUCAGACCAUUUGCCUCAACCAACGCUGGCAGUUUAUAUUGAGUUAGGCUGGAUUCGUGUAUGCAUUGUAAAUUUUUUAGGCAAAGAAUAUGCAGUUAGCUAGUGGUAAAAUUUUAUCUGUAACUGCCUUUGUAUUGUUAUUUUGUUCGGUUUUUUUUUUCAUUGUUCUGACAUAACAAGAUGCAGUGGCAUAUAUAUAAAUAAAUAUUGAAUGUCUACAAAA